UCCAAGUAUGAGUUUAUGGCAUGCGACGUGACGUUGAUGAAGAACGUUCACGCCGCGUGCAGAGAGUUCUCGGAGAGUUUGCCGAAGAUCAACUUUCUAGUACUAUCUGCCGGGGUGUUUGCUUUGACUGGAAGGGAGGAGACGGAAGAAGGGAUCGAUAAGAAGAUGGCCUCGAGGUAUUACUCUAGGUGGGCCAUAAUUAAUGGUCUUCUGCCUUCCUUGCGCAAGGCGAAGGAGGCAGGAGACGACGCUAGCGUCCUCUCCAUUUUGGCCGCCGGUAUGGGCCCGGAGGUCGAUUUGAAGGAUUUGGGGGUAUUUGAGGGGUAUAGCGGGUUGAAGGCAAUGACGCAGAUGAUCAGUUACAACGAUCCUAUGAUUGCCGAAUAUGCCAAACGGGAACCAGAGAUUGCCUUUACGCAUAUCUAUCCUGGUACCGUAGAUACUCCCGCCUUUCGUCCAUCAAGCUGGCUCUUGACUAUCCUGAUGCUGCCUCUGCGCCCUAUUCUCUGGCUUAUCUCUACGAAGCCUGAAGACUGCGCUGAGUACAUGCUAUUUGCCCUGUUCAAUGCCGAGAAGGGUAUGAACCGUAGGAACGCGAAGGGUGACGAUAUCGGAAGCGAAGGCUUCCCUCAAGCAGCGGAUGGCCAACAGCGCCUUUGGGAUCACUCUGUACAGCUGACGACUGUAUAA